UAGCAAGCAAAUAGCAACACAGGCAAGUCAACUCAAAAGUUAAAUAAAUAUCAGUCACAAAAAAUUAAGGUUAUAUCUAUCGAGAAUUACAUAAUAUUAGUAGUAAAUAAAAACAAUUACUUAUACUUUGAUGAUCAAUUAACCAAAAUAAUGUUGAAGUUUGGAAUUAAAUCAGCCGUGCUUGGCUCUGCGGUAUAUUAUACAAUUGACAAAGGCGUUUGGAAAGAUAGUGCUACCACAAGUGCUUUGUAUGAAGAACUCGAAAAAGGAGUUUCACCCUACGUUGGCGAACUAAAGAAACAGAUUCCAUAUGAACUGCCUCCACUUCCUACAAAUGAUCGUAUUUCGUACUUAUUUAAAUACUAUUGGAACAGUGGAGUAAAGGCCACUUUCAGUUUCCUGAUCGACCUUCCAACACACACAAGUUAUGCUGCAGGCAAAGCUUACGAAUUCAUUAACUCAACACUUGAAGCAGGAGAACAAAGUGCAAGUGCUAAACAAGAAAAUAAAUAAAGAUUAGAAAACAAUGUAUUUAUUGAAAAUGUGA